GAGGGCGAGGUAAGGGAAAGAAAGAGCGAGAAAAUAUCAGAGAAAACGAAGGAAAAUGGUGGAACUGAGCUUGGAUUUGGGAUUGGUUUAUGCACCCAAAAGCAUGACUGAGUUUCUCGGAGAAGUUUCGAAAAUCGGAGAUGGGUUUCAGAAAUUCUCGAUGAUUGAUGAUUAUGUGAAAAGAUUGGAAGAUGAAAUGAGAAAGAUUGAUGCUUUUAAACGUGAACUCCCUCUUUGCAUGCUCCUCCUAAAUGAUGCUAUUGGUAGAUUGAAGGAGGAGGAAAUUCGGUGUAAGGAAUUGAAUUCUGAGUCUGAAGACGUUUUGCCAUUUGAGAGAAAUCUUGAGGAAGAUGAAAUCAAUGAUAAGAAAAACUGGAUGAGUUCUGUUCAGCUUUGGAACACUGAUAUCAGUCAUGCUCAAAAAAAGCAAGACAAAAUUCCUGAAUUGAAGCUGAGAAGUGAAGAAGAUGAUCGAUCUCUAUCUGAAAACCCAAUUCAGCUGUGUAAUAACACAAACAGGGACAGGGAAGGGGCUUUUGUACCAUUCAAAGGGCAACCUGGGAUUACCGGUCUCUCCCUCAGGAGUCCAAUCUCUGAAUUGAUUUCUGGUAAUUCGGGUUUGAUGAACCAUAGCAGCAGCAGAUUUGGUUCUCUGUCUGAAAAUCAAAACCAAAUGAAGGUACACAGCAAACCCCAACAGCAGCAGCCACAGAAUUCCAGGAAACAAAGGCGGUGCUGGUCACCUGACCUCCACAGGCGGUUUGUGGAGGCACUUCGACAGCUUGGUGGAUCACAAGUGGCCACUCCUAAGCAAAUCCGAGAACUAAUGCAAGUUGAUGGCCUUACAAAUGAUGAAGUAAAAAGCCAUUUACAGAAAUACAGGUUACAUAUCCGAAAAUUGCCAGCUGUUGCAGCAAAUGGUCUAUGCAUGGCCCAAGAUCAGUGCAGUGACCAGAUGAAGGCAAGCAGUUCACAAUCUGGUUCACCUCAAGGUCCUCUCCUUGCAAGUGGAUCUGGUAAGGGUACAUCAAGUACUGGAGGCAAUGUCAUGGAAGCUGAAGAAGAAGAAGAAGAAGAAGAAGAAAAAUCAGACGGCCAGAGUUGAAGAGGUGGGGUUCACAAGACCAGGGAGACUGCUGUAUAUUCAUCUAACUUUAGUCCCCAUCAAAAUUUUGCAGAUACAUGAGAAAUUGGAACAUAAACUUAUAAUCUAGCAAACGAGAGAUCUUAGAAUUCUUUGUGAGGCAUAACAUUAAGUAAGGAUGUGAUUUGGUGAUUUGGUUAGUUUUGUAUAUCAUAUCAUGUAAAAUUAACCUCUAGUAAUAAUAUUCCAUUACCUAU